AGGAAGUUGGAGUUCUGUCGUUGAACCAAUCAGCUGUGAGGUUAUUUGGACGCCCUAGUCCUGCCCAAACAAAACUAAGAGGAAGAUAAAUCUCUGGUGCCGCAUAAUUUGAUUAUAUCAUUGAAAGAUUUCACAUUGUUACCUGAAAACGUCUUAAGGAGAUUUUUCACAACGAACAACGUUUGUUUAAGGUAAUUUUAAAGUAAACGAAGGCGUUAGUAACGACUACAGCCUCAGUUAGCAAACGAUAGCAAGGUAUCAGAUGCUAGAGGAGUUAGCUAAACAGACGUAAUACCCUGGCAGCCCGCAGACAGUGUCCAAAUGAGCUAUUUUAGGACUGUUAUAGAAUGCCGAUCAAUUACUGAAGAUUGCAUGUGUUAGUAGUAUAAGAUAAAUAAACUUUCUGGCAAAGUCCGAUGUGUUUAUAUGUGUGUGGUCCAACGUUGGGCUGAAAAUCAAGCUAGCAAGACACAUAAGCUUAGCAACAAUUUAAACGACAACUUCCACCAAACUGGACAAAACGCUAGAUUUAGUCGGUUUUAAAUCGGGUUCAGCGGGUUCGCUGACCCCUCAAAAGAAAAUGAAGAAGAGGAAAGAGCUGAAUGCAUUGAUCGGGCUCGGGGACAGCAAAAGAAAGAAGACCAAAAAGGGGUCUGGUCAUCGACUACUCAGGACCGAACCGCCGGGCUCGGAGUCGGACUCUAGCUCGGAGGAUGACGAUUUCAACAACCUGAACGGCGCAGCCAACUUUGGAAAAAGAAGCUACACGCAGUGCUGCAAUGUGUGCUACCCCUUGUUCUUGUUCAUUAUACUUGCUGCCUGCGUCAUGGCUUGUGCUGGACUCAUAUGGAUGCAGAUUGCUCUAAAAGAAGAUCUGGACUCUCUGAAAGAGAAGUUGCAUAGUAUGGAAUCCAGCCAAAAGGCCUCAGCAAGCGAAAUACCUCAAUUAAGCGAGGACCUGAAAAACAAGGACAGAAAAAUAGAUGACAUUGAGAAUGGGGACAAGGGGUUGAACAAACUCUGGUCGAACUUAACAGAAAUGAACAGAAAGAUCACCUUACUGGACUCUGCUGUGAACAAUUUAAAGGUCAGCCUGAAAUCAGCUGCUGACUUAAUCGGCCUUCCCACAACAGUUGAAGACCUUCAGAAGAGUGUUGCCACAAUUGGCAGUGCGCUGACUAGUGUACAGCACGAUGUGAAGACGAUGCAGGGGGCCCUGGAGAACCAGAAGAAAGAUGAGGGCUUAAAGAAGACAGCGGACAUAACAGAACUCAGAAGAGCCAUGGGUGAGGUCAACAAAACAGAAGAGCAGCACCACACAUGGACUGAUGAGCAAAUCCACAUCCUCCUCUCCACUGUUGCGGAUCUUCAUCAGAGAGUAGCCUCGUUGGAGAACGGUUCAAAACACAGUUUGCAGAAUAAUGAUGCAGACAGCAGUGAACAUCCAGAAAAUAAGAUGGAGGAAGUCACCUCAACCAAAGCAACACCUGGAAAUGUUCAGGAUGUGUCAGCACAAUUGUCAGAGCCACAGACAAGCAGACUCCCCCACUUUUUAAUUCCAACCCGGGUGAAGAGAGCCGCUGGGUCGAAAUGUCUAAAGAGGAUGUCACUGCAAGGUGUCAGCUCUCUGAAAGACUUAGAAGACGUCUUCCAGAAGGCAGGUGUCGGACGCAAUUCACUGGGAUUGACCUACCAACAGCUGAAGGACGCGUUUGGAGCAUCGCUUCCCUCCGAACGCUCUAUGCAGUGCUGUGAUGAGGACGGGGACCAGAGGUACUCCCUGAUGGAGCUGACAGCUGCUGUAGGUUUGUGAGGGCACCACUGCUCACAGUAAGGAACAGUAUUGAAUACCCAGCAGGGUCUGGGGGUUCCGGGUUCCCCACUCUUUUGCAGAAUUUCUGCACUUUUGUGAACUGAAUAUUUAUCGUUCUGAUUGUAGAAACAGUGGUGCUGGUGUGCCCUCUACUUCCCUCCCCUCACAUCCACUCAAAUAGCUAUCAUUAUCCUCAUCAAUCGUUUUCUUCAUUUUAACAGCAAUCCAUAUGUGUAUCAUCCUGAAGUAUUCAUCUCCUUAGUUUAUAUUAAUAUACCAAUGAUAAAUGGUGUUGUUUUCAAACUCAUUCCUCCACCUUAAUCUUUGACUUGCUGUGUUAAUUUUACUUUUUUUUUUUACCUGUCUCAACAACCUGUUGUAGGUUUUAUCUGAUCAGUUUUUCUCACAAACACCUGGUACUCAUGUAAACCUUAUUUAUAGGACUUGAGAUAGACUUUUAUUUAUGUUUACCAAUGAACACUAGAAACUGUUUUUGCCGAGGAUUGGUUGCAUUUUUAGACGGUUUUCCUAACUUAUCUGAAACAAACACGUGAGUGUAAAUGUCGAGACUUUUGUAUGUUUUUUUUUUUUCUAAGCAAAAAAAAAGUAUAAUUUUGCUUUCUUUUGUUUUUCCUGGUUUAUCUUUACUAAUUUGUAAUAGCACCAUGUAGUUACUCCACCCGUAUUUAUCUGUAGUUUCUUUGCUUGUUGUUUUUGCAUUUUUUGCUUGACGUUCUGCAGAUUUGAAGGGCUACAACAACUUUGAGUCGCAGUUAGCAUAUGUAGCAAUAACAUAAAGGUAAAGGAAGUGGCUUGUUUAUAAUGCAAUGGAAAGAAGGAACACCGGUCUCACAAUAUGUAACAGGUAGCAUAAGAGGCACUGACUAUCACUCUUUACUUGAUUGAUUUUAUUGUAUUUUAAAGGCCUAAUAAUGGCAUAUUUACCUAACUAAACUGUCUUUCUGACUUAAGUGUGCUCCAUAAACAUGUAUUAUUGUGCAGGGGCUUGGAUGUUCAGAUUUAUUCAUGAUUUUGUUUAUAAUUCAGUUGUGCUUUGCAUGUUGCUUUUCAUGUAACAUGAACAAAUUAUUUAAAAAAUUCAACUUUGUUGACUUUUCUUUUUUGCUGGACAAUGGUUUCUUGAACUUAAAUCUGUAACAGCCGUGGUCACCAUGACUAAACUUUGGAUCUGCGCUGCGGCAGUACACGAGGGGGUUUUAUGAAUGUAUUUUUGUUUUAGCACCAAUAAAUAAAGACAGUUAAAACUCUGGUCUGGUUUCUCUUUAAAGACUUACAAGCUUCAUUGGCAUGUUUUACUAGAAUGUCACAAUAAUGCAUAAAACAUUCUGAAAUAAACAAAAGUACAUGGGAUGAAAAUCUUAAACCUAUAUACAAUUCCUCAUCAGCUGACACAUUUGCACAGAACAAUUCUGUCAUAAUCUUCAGUAUUUUGUACAAAAAUUAGGCCGAUCACACAACAAAUUCAAGGAAAAUCUAAGCAAGAGCCCCUUUCGCCCUCCAGUCCUGGGUCAAAAGCCCCAGCAAUUCAUCUUCAUCCUCUCCCUCUGCUUCAGUGCUUUCUUCAGUCUCCAUUGGUUCCUGCUUUCUUGUCAGGGGCCUGCUUUUAACCACAUCCCGCUUGUCUCUGAGCAGCUCCACCCUCCUGUAACACUCAAUUUGCUCGUCAAUUUCGUCAAUCUGACGCUCAAAUCGUCCUUCUUCAUCAUCCUCUGCCACAAUGGCCUCAGAUUUUGUGUUCACCUGUCUUAUCUCCUUUUGAAACUCUUCCCACUCCUUGUCCAUUUGAUCCUUGGGUGCCUCAACUUUGCGCACCUUGGCAUCCCUGACUGGGUCAUCAAAAAAGCCCUCAGGCAAGGCUUCAGCCAUUUUGUCUUUCUUUUCAGUGGUCUUUUCUUGCACAUCUGCUUUGAGAAUGGAUCCUGAGUGGGAUAUGGCAGGUGUGGAUGGAAUGGAGCUAUCAAAGAAGUCAGCUGGCAGUCCUGCACUUUCUGUUUUCUGAGUAGAAGGAUUUGCCUCACCAGCCUCUUCUGUCCCGUCAUCGUUAUCUUCAUCAUAAACUCCAGCCAACAAACUCAACCCUGCAGACUUUUGGGCAGAGUCGGUUGUUUUAUCACCGGGUUUUUGAAAGAAAUCCUCUGGUAGUCCCGAACCAGACUGCCCUGCCCCCGAAGCUGGCUUGGCCUUUUUUGUAUUGGCAACAUCGUUUUCCGGCGCUUUCCUCUUUACCUUUUCACUCGGUGGCAGCAUUGGUUGACUCUUUGCUCCCUUCAGCUCAGCAACCUUUUCUUUAUGCUGUUUUCCAAGAACAUGGGCGGGCCACAAUAAUUCUGACUUCACCUGCACAUUGCACAGGACGCAACUUAGGUGGCCGAGGCUGUUGUACUUAGCGAACGGAGACUCAACACGCUUUUUGUCUGUAUUUUGCCUUUGUUUUUCUCUCAUCAACCGCCGAAGUUCUUCUUGAUUUACAACUUUCUUCCCCUUCUUAGAAGUUGCCAUUCUUUUUCGAGUUCAGCUUUUUCGCUAGCUAGCUGUGUGCUUACUACAACCGACUGUGUCUCAUAAUGAUGACACAAGUGUGCUAACUCUCGCUCGAACUGUAGGAUGAGCCGAUUAUUCUCGCGAUAUUUGCACCCCUCUUGCGGUGCUAGCAUGAAUGUUACCUCCGGUGGUUUAUUGUACCAUCCCGUCCGCCCGAUUUCUGCUGCAGAUUAAAUCCAUUCUCUUUUAAAAGGUAUUUUUGAGAGGCGAUAGGAGAGACAACGAUGUAGUCGCUUGUUAUUCGGUCUAUAUUCUUAGUUUUAUGUUCAUUUAGUGCGUGUGUUUCAUAUUAUGUUUCGCAUUGAUUUGUGUUUUCAUCGCCGCACCCAUCACAUCUUGUUUUAUUAGGGGCUAGCAAGCUAAAGCCAUUUUGGGGCUAAUGGUGAGUCGGGCAGCAGGUGUAACGUUAUUUGCGUAACAGAUAGCAAUCAGCCUAGAGAAACAAAAUACAUUUGAUUCGACUUUAAAUUUACGAAUUUGCUAAUGCUGAAAAGCUCCCAAGUAAAACCACGACCACAACGUCACUAGCUCGUAUAAUAGUAAUUAACAGACAGUAGUCAUCAUGACAGGUGAAAAGAUACGCACCAUGCGGAAGAACCACAACAAAACAAACAAAAAUGAGGAAAUAAUGGAUACCUACGAGGAAACAUCCAAUGGGACGAUUCCUAACGGCACCACUAACCACUUUAAGUCAAACAAGGCUUUUCAGAAAUCAGUGAAAACCUCGGUACUUCAGCAACAACAACAGCUCAACGCAAACAACAUCAACGGCAACACAUCAGUUGUCAGUGAUGACAACAAGAACCCAAUAAUCUUGACAAGUGAGAACUUGGACUUCCCAGUUCAUGAAUGCGUGUUUAAAGGAGACGUGCGUCGGCUUUCGUCUCUCAUCAGGACCCACAGCAUCUCUCAGAAAGAUGUCCACGGGAACACGCCUCUUCACCUGGCUGUGAUGCUGGGCCACAAAGAGUGUGCUCUCCUUCUCCUGGCCCAUAAUGCACCUGUUAAGAUAAAGAAUGCACAGGGAUGGAGUCCUCUAGCAGAAGCCAUCAGCUAUGGCGACCGGCAGAUGAUCACAGCAAUACUGCGGAAGUUAAAGCAGCAGUCAAGGGAGAGUGUGGAGGAUAAGAGGCCAAAAUUACUUAAGGCCCUCAGGGAGCUCGGUGACUUUUAUCUGGAGCUGCAUUGGGACUUCCAGAGUUGGGUGCCUUUGCUGUCCCGGAUCCUGCCAUCCGACGCCUGUAAAAUCUACAAGCAGGGCAUCAACAUAAGACUUGACACUACCCUCAUAGACUUUAACGAUAUGAAGUGUCAGCGUGGAGACCUGAGCUUUAUUUUUAACGGUGACGCUGCACCCUCCCAGUCCUUUGUGGUCUUGGACAACGAGGCAAAAGUUUACCAAAGAAUACACCACGAGGAGUCGGAGAUGGAGACUGAAGAGGAAGUGGACAUUCUGAUGAGCAGUGACGUGUACUCCGCCACACUGUCAACCAAGUCCAUCACUUUCUCUCGCAGUCAGAUCGGCUGGCUCUUCAGAGAAGAUAAAACAGAGAGGGUCGGAAACUUCCUGGCUGAUUUCUAUGCAGUGAACGGCUUGGUGCUAGAGUCCAGGAAACGGCGGGAGCACCUAAGUGAAGAGGACAUCCUGAGGAACAAAGCCAUCAUGGAGAGCCUGAGUAAAGGAGGUGGCAUCAGUGAGCAGAACUUUGAGCCUGUGAGGAGGCAGUCUCUCACAGCUCCAACCCCAAACACCAUUUCUUGGGAAGAGUAUAUAACUGCGGAGAACGGAAAGCCUCCUCAUCUCGGGCGAGAGCUUGUGUGUAAGGAAAGCAAGAAGAACUUCAAAGCAACUGUAGCCAUGAGCCAGGAUUUCCCCCUGGGUAUCGAGUCGUUACUAAAUGUGUUGGAAGUCGUGGCCCCGUUCAAGCACUUCAACAAACUCCGAGAGUUUGUACAGAUGAAACUUCCUCCGGGGUUCCCAGUCAAACUCGACAUCCCUGUCUUCCCCACGAUCACAGCCACCGUCACCUUUCAGGAGUUCCACUACGACGAAUUUGAAGAGUCUAUUUUCUUCAUCCCGAAUGAAUACAAGGAAGAUCCCAGUCGCUUCCCAGACCUCUGAUCUGAAAACGCAUCGUUCUGUGUGUUUAUAUAUAUAUACAUGGCUAGCUAUUAAAAAGGGAAAGAAGGGGGAGGGGCCUGGUCUUACUGAUCAGUUACUGUUCAUUUUCAAAGCUAAUCAAUGCAAGAAGCUAUUAAAGAGCACCAUCUGGCAUCAUUUUGGUGAAAGAUGGCUUCCAUUGUUCUCACUGUUCACAAACAGAGCAGUUGCAGCUCCUGCUCCAUGCUGCUGUCCUCUACUGUGAAAACUGUCAGGUGACACCAUUUUAAUAGUUCCAUUUGUAAAUAAUGCAUUGCUCAACUUCAGGUCAGGACAAAAACAAAUUACAGAUAUAACUAUAUCAUUAAACUGAGCUUACUAUCCAUUUAUAUAUUAUGUACUAUAUAUAUAUAUAAACUCAAAGAGUAACACUGUGUAGCAAUACAUUUCAAGUACGUCAGAAUGUUUUUAACCCACUGGGAUAAGGUUUAGCAUUUAAAAAAACAUUAGCAGUUCAGUAUGGAAGCCUCUUUCCUGUGCAGGGCGCCGUCUCCUGUAUUUUCAGGUUAGCUCAUCUUACCUCUCAGCUGUCUCCAUGUUUUGUUGUGAUAGUAUGGAUUUUGUGCUCCGUGCGAGUGAGUAAUUGUACUGUAUUGAGGAUUGUUCUGUGUAGGUCUGUGUGUUGAAGAACCCAGAAGGGAUAUCAGGUAAACUGCUGUCAGUUUGAACACUGCACUGAUGUUUAAGGCAUGCUAUGGCUGUGUUGGCCUCUGGAUCACAUGAAUCUUUAAGCCGUGUUCUCUGAACAUUUUAUUACCCGCAGACAAGCCCCUUUUUAGAUUUAAGAGGAAAACUGAGGCCGCAACACCAACGUAUUGAAACAACUUUUAGUGCUCAUGAUCUUUGAUUGGUAGACAGCGGUUGUUUUUUAAUAUGCAUACAUGUGAAACAAAUGAGAAAAAAAGCUGUGAAGUUGAAACAGCUGGAUAUUCAGUGUCAGGACAGGAAAUAAUCUCAUCCAUUGCUGGCUUCAGCAAAUAUGUACCGCAACCAUAGCUACUUCACAUCCCUUUAAAAAAAGAAAAAAGCACCAGCAUCAUAUUUCAAUGACCUUGUGUCUGUAUUAUUGAGAGUUUUUGCUUGUGGUGAGCUGCUUGUUUCAUGUCAAACACUGUUUAUCCUUUGAAAACUUCAAUAAAAUGAAAUGUUCUCCCUGUAUAUUUGCUUCAUGUAUAUAUUUUUUACAUUACAUAUUUCUACAGUUCUUCCAUCUUUUUCUAGUACGUCACAGCAAAUGACUAAAUGCCAAGUUUCUAUUUAUGGUAGUUGUUUGUCAGGCUUGCUGCACCAACUAAAGUUUUCUCCUGAGCUUAAUGGACUAUUGGUUUAUUUUUUUCUUUAAACCCAGCUUGAGCUAUAUUGGGAAAUAAGAAGAUCGCAUCUCUUCAAACAGAUUUUAUUAUAUAAAAGAAAUCCUUGAUAAAACACUUCCACAUGAGAAGCAAGAUGUAACUGUUUGUAAAUGAGGAGAAAAAGUGUUACACCACAACACUAAACAAAUGAAAAGAUACAAUAAGUGAAGUGACAGAAUCUGAUAUCCAUCCAACAGAGGCAAAGUCUACUUCCAGUUUAACCAACUGCAUCUGAUGACAAACAGCAGCUAAAUAAUAACCCCCCCCAAAAAAGGAAAAAAAAAAAAAAGCCGUGAGGCUAACAACUCUACACUGUACAUUUUCAAAAGAGCAGACUUGUCUUUUGUAUGAUAAACCGAUACAUUUGAAACACUUCACAUUUUAAAUUUACCCCAGUUGGAAAAACUUUGCCGCAUGUUUACAACCAAAAUGGAGGGAUAAUAUGGGUGAGAGCGGGGCGGAGGACUCAGUCGCUGACAUCCAUGUCCUCUUCAUGAUGGUCGUCGGCCCCGUUAACUUUGGCCUGCUUCACGAGCCGCGCCGUGCCGUUACCUUCCAAAGACUGAGGAGACAAAGCAGAGUCGUCUGAAUCCUUUCUGCCCCUCUCCUUCUCGCUAUCAUAGCCUUGUUCUUCUUCAUCAUAAUCUCUGGUGAUCUUAACAUCUCCUUUCUCUCCGUCUGACUUCCUUUCACGCUCUCGUUCUUUGUCUUUACUCUUCUUCUUCUUGCUGGUGGAGCGCUCUCGCUCCUCCCGGAUGCGCUCUUUAUCGCUCCUGCGAUCUCUCUCCCUUUCUUUAUCCCGCUUCUUUUCCUUCUUGUGUCUGUACAGGAGAGGGGGAUGGGGAGGGUUUCCUUUUAGGAGACUUCUUGGGGGAUCGGCUGGCGGUGCGACUUCUCCUGUGUCGUCUGGUUGCACUACGUGACCUCCUGGUGGUGCUGUAACUUUUGGGCGGCGUUUUGGAUUUUCGUCUCGCUGCUUCUUCCUUCUUCCUCUCCCUGGAUCUGCUCCGGGUUCGCCUGCCCCUGUCUCUGGAGUGGGUGUGUCUCCUGCGUGGGCUUUUGGAGCGCCGUCGGCUUCUCGAGCGGGAUCGGCGCCGUGAUCGGCUCCGGGUUCGCCUGCGGCUUUGUCUGGACCUGGACCUGGACCGUCGCCUUCUGGACCUGGACCGGGACCGUGAGUGCUUCUUUUUGCCAUCCUUAUGUCCAGGUUCGAUGGCAGCAGAGAUGAGGGACUGGGCCUCUCUGACUCUCUUCAUGGCCUCCUCAAUCUCCUUAUUAGAGGCAUCAGCCUUCAGGCUGGCACUCAGGUUCAAACCUGCAGCCAAGGGAUUCAAUCUGCAUACAGAAAUCAUCUUCAACAGUUGAUCAGCAGCCUGGGGGUUCAUAUUGGGUCCAGGGAAGCCAAACGCUGCCAUUGCGUCCAUGUUUGGACCACCAAAGGGAUUCCCUCCGAGGGCUGGGUUGGGAAUGGGAUUCGGUGUGGGAAGAAGGCCUCCUCCGGGCAGAAUUCCUGCAACAGCAUUUGCUGGGGCCAGCAGGGACAAAGCUUUGGCCUCAUCUGGAAUCGAUCCUACAGCAAAAGGGACAACGAUCAGGGCUCUGUCCACAAACACAGUAUUGGUCAGAUGCUGAGACACUCCCACAGACUCUGGUUCCUGGAACUUCACAAAGCACACCCGCGAAGUCACAGGCAUAGGAGAAUCGUCUGGAGGAAAUAACUUCAACUCCUCAAUAGUUCCCAGAAAACCAAACAAUGUCCUCAUCUGUUCCGACGUUGUGCUCGGAGACACGUUGGUCACCUGGACCACCUUCGUCGUGUAACUCAUUUUCCCGACCAAAUUCUAAACAGAUCAAUGACAAAAUCGGUGAACAGAUGUUGGAGAAUACACGAAACAGUAUCCACCGUUCAUAAAUUAAAUUUGUUUACGAUAUUUAUCUAGAUGAGCGUUGGCUAACGACUAUAACGACAGAGGGCUAUCGAGCCUCGCCGCCAUAUUGAUAAAAUUU